UCGAAAUAAAUCGAAAGUGAUUAUGUAAAUAUUCUGGGAAAAAAUUAAAAAUAAAAUUUCAGUCUAGAUAGAAGAAGCCGUGUGACACACUAGAGAGAAUAGUUGAAAAAUCGAAGCGAUAGCAAAGUAAUGGCCGAUGUUGAAAAUGUCUCGCAAGCAGCUGCGCCAGCAACCGCAGCGCCUGUGACCGUCACGAAUUCCAGCGCGGCUGAUGCCGCCGGUUCGCUGGGAACAAAUGGUAAGAUGGAGGGUGGGGUGCAAUCAGACGGUAAUGCUACAUCUAAUGAUUUAGGAACCUCCCCGACACAAGAAAAAUCGAGCAAUUCACAUCCCCACGAUUCGGAAUAUGAUACAGCCAGUGAUCUGGAGGGUGGGGAGGAAUAUGAUGACGAUGAUGAUGAUUUGGAUGAUAGUUUAUCCGAUGAGGAUGAUGACGAGGACGACGAAUCGGAAACUGAUGAUGAUGAUGAGGACGACGAUGAAGGUGUCGAAGGUGACAUGACUUCCCAGGAGAAAGUCGAUGCUGAAGCUCAGAAAAAAGUCGAUGAAGACAGAAGUAAUCCACAAUACAUUCCCAAAAGGGGUACAUUUUAUGAACAUGACGAUCGUACUGCUGAGGAUGGUGAAUGUAUUGAGGUGGAGGGCUCUGAAGAUGCCGAUGGCCAAUCAACCGCAAACGGCGGUGGUAGUAAUGCUGGAGGAUCGAAGACAACACCCACAAUCUCGACAGCUUCGAAAACUAUGAAGAAAUGGCAGCCUGCUUCUGCUGUCGACCGCUGGUCACAUGAUCGUUUCGAUCCAUCGGAACAGGCGCCUAAGUCCAGGACAGAGCUGGUAUCUGCCUAUGGUUAUGACAUACGCACCGAGGAUGCACCGCCAAAGGCACGUAGAAGACGUCGGUAUGGUCGGGGACCCAGUAAAUAUAAUCGCAAUUGGGAAGACGAAAGUGCCUACCUUAAGACAAAUAAUAAGGAACGCAAGCCUCCAAAGCCAUCCGAUUUCCCAGCUUUAAAUGAAAAUUCUGGAAAAUCACGUCGUUCAUCCGGCCGGACACGGGAAGAGAAAGAAAAUCGUAUGGAAAGGCGUCAGAGAGAGGGAAAGUCUGAUAGAUCCGAAAGACAGAGUCAUUCACGGAAUAAUCAUCAGGAUGAUUAUAACGAUCGAAGAGACCGGAUUGGUGAAGGUGGCGUACACAAAAGGUCUAAAUCAAAAACAAAUUUCAAUCGCCAAAAUCAGGCGUCUGUUGGUCGACAAGCGGCUAUGGAAUUUAAGCAGAAAAAUCGCCAACCUAAUCAGAAUUCUUCUGGUUCAGGCAACCAAGGAGGCCAGGGCAGCAGUCUGAGUAGUCGCCUAGAAGCUCACCGACAACCAAAUUCAAAUCAGCAUCAGGGUCAGCAUAUUAAUAAAAGUCCCUCUGGUAAUUCGGGAAUGGGUAAAUCACAGCAAAGUCAGGUCUCAUCUCAGCAGCAACAUAAUGAUAACUAUAAUAACAAGAAGAAAAAUUACGAUCAAGGUCAUCAAUCAUCUUCACAGGGAUCUCCUCACAAUGCUGCUCCACAGCAGCAGCAGCAACAACAGCAGUUGCACCAACAGCAACAGUCUUCGUCAAAUCAUAAUGUGGUGCGACAGCAAAAUGCUCAGCAAAUGCAACCAAAGCCACAGCCAACAAUGCCGUCAACAAACUUGUCACAGCGUUUGCAGCAAGUCCAAAAUCGUAAUGAUCCGAGCCAUGUGGGAAGUGUGCAAAUGCAUGCCUUAGCAUCACAGAAUCAGCAGCAGCAACAACAGCAGCAACAGCUCUUACAACACCAACAAGCAGCCAAUAUGAUGAUGGCUGCACCACAAAAUCUAAGCCAGGCACAGGAACAAAGAGGUCCACCAAAACGUUAUUCAAGUCUGCGUCGCUCUCAGCAUGAAGCCCAGCACAUGGGAGAACAUCAGCAAAUGCAACAGAUGCAUAUGCAACAGCAACAAGCUGCUACGCCACCCGCGAUGUUGAUGCCCUCCGAACAAGCAAUGCUUCAAGCGAAUCUCAUGCAAAUGUAUCACCAGGAGAAUUUGCAAGCUCAAAUGCAAGCAUUGCAGGUGUCCCAGCAAGCAAAUGUUCCCAAACAGGCCACAUAUGCCAGUGCAGGACCUCAGGCGCAACCACCAGGACCAUACACUGGUACAGCGACAACACCAACAGCAUAUUAUGUAGCACCAGAUGCAUAUACAGCAGCAUCUGCGGCUCAGGCCACUCAAGCCGCGGCCACUUACGCUGCUCAACAGGCAGCACCCAAUUAUAUGGCUCAACAAGCGACCCCAGCCUCAUUGGCGGCUUAUGCCAAUGCAGCCCCAGCACCCCAACAGACUGUGCCCACAUCAGCUUUUGGUGCUGCAGCAGGUGUUGGCGUAGUGCCCCAACCGAAUCCUGCAGCUACAGCAGCCGCAAAUUAUCAGAAUUACAAUACGGUAGGCGGUACAACGUACUUUGUACCGCCACCAACACAAACCACUAACCGACCCGUUUCGUUGCCCCAAAGAAGACCUACUAAUGCUAUACCCAUACUGCCACCAUCCGACAAGAACAAGCCACCAGCCACAGCUGCUCAACAGAAGGCAACCGAAUCAAAAGACGAGACAAAGUCAAUUUCGUCGUCAUCAAAUGCCACAGCAUCAGCGCCCAUUGGUAGUGCUGAAAAUAUUGAUCAUAUCAUUGAUAAUAUGUUUGUCCAAAGACCGGCGUUUCAACCGCCUGCAAAUGCUGCUGCUGCCGCCACCACCGCCUCCGCUGCUAAUACCAAAUCAAUGAUAAAUGAAUCGACAGAAUCAAAUUCAAAUUCCACAAAUCCUGUUGGUGCUUCUUCCACACAGCAAGAUAAUAGCAAUGCGGCGGCACCUCAGGCCACCAGUGAUAAACUCACAAAUGAAGCGGCGACAUCAUCGUCGACAGAAGUUAGUAACAAUAAUCCAAUAUCGACACAAGAAUGA